CUUUUCUUUUUUUUUUUUUUUUGCAGGGGACGCACCACCCGCACCACUGAUCUUGGGACGCACAGAAUAGAGUGCAACUGCAAUCCAGUUCGAUCCAAUCCAAUCGGAGCGGAACGCAUUUUUACGCAAUGGCGCGGGCUUUGUGAAGCAGUUCUGCUCGGAGUAUUUUUCCAAUAAGGACAGGCUUCGCCAUAACAACGUCGCAGGUCUUCUGAAGAAGGAACCUGCAUGAUUUACAUAUUUCUUUGCAUGCCACGGAGGAAUUGGCAGGCGGCGACCUUACCCCUGUGGAGAUGGAGUCUUUCAGAGUAGCCGGGUUCUCCGACGCCCUAGACUGGAGGCCCACGCUGUUCAAAGAGCCCAUCAUCGCGCAGAAAACAUGCGCCGUCUGCGGGGUUUUAUACAGGAAAUCGGUCAGGCUGCCCUGCAUCCACACACUUUGCACGAAGUGCCAUGCCCAGUGUGUCGACGAAGGGAGUGUGUGUCCCGUCGACAAGAAACCCUUCUGCGAAGAUGAUGUUGAGCAGCUGGAGGUCCCUCUCAAGUACAUCCUGAACCGUACUGUUGCCUGCUGGAAUGCACCUAAAGGCUGCAGCUUCAUUGGUCCUGUAGCCUGCCUCCUGGACCACUACAAGAAAUGUGACUUCAACGUCGUGCCUUGCUGCUUGUGUCACGCAACAGUGCUGCAGAGUGACAUUUUGGAGCACUUCAAGAAUGGUUGCAGCAUUCCCCAAGCCACAAGUUUGCCUACCGACAACCCUGCCACACAAGACCUUGGGAAUGUUACCAAAGUUUGUCUCAAGACGAACAGAGCUCUCCGGGGACAUCAUGUCGCUGCAGUCAAGCCUGAACCGGUGCAGUGAAGAUGCAAGAGCUGAGGGUACAAACAAGAUGCAAGGGCCAAUUAGAGGCUGAAGCUUGUAGGCUCACUGAGCAGCUAAAUAGCCUUAGUACAGUCUGUGCCACUGAACUCACUGAGGGACUGCAGGUUCUUAGGGAAGCAAUGGCCGACUAAAAAAAGCAUGUGCGUGAGGAGCUCUGUGUGCAAAGGGACAAGCUGACUGACAUCUUGGAUGUGGUGCACAAAAGUUUGCCAAGUCCUUCUAAGCAUGGGAGAAUCCAUUGGUACAUUGAACACUGGGCAGACCUGAAGAAUGAAGCACUUAGAAGUGGCUCGAAGAGCGUGUAUAGCCCCAAGAGGACCGUGUAUGAUUACAGUGUAUCCCAAUCUGUCCAGCUUAUAGUAUGGGCAGGAAGGUGGGCCUCGGGUCUUACAUGCAUUUACACCCCGGGGAACAUGACUCGCAGCUGGAGUGGCCCUUCAGCAAGGUGUGCACGGUCUGUGUCAUUCACCCGAAGGGCCAGUCAAAUGUGGUUUCCUACAAGGUAAAUUCUGGUUGGCAUAUAUGUCAGAGAAACAUAUUCCUCAGGCCAAAGGGAAGAAGGAAUGGAGGCUUUGGAGCAGGGUGCCUCUCUGCGGUGGAAGAGCUAAAUUUGACGGGUUUAUCGAGAAUGACACGCUUCAUGUGUUCUUGGAAAUUGAACCGUAGGCUUCGUCUUCAACCUCGGCAAUCGGAAGCUUGAUGCUGCUCAACUCUUCCGUUGCAACUUUGCCGAGAUAUGCAGAAAAACGAGUGGGAAAGCAAUACUUCCCUUGCAUGUAAUGGUAUCUUAUGUGGUUGUCAAUAAACUGAGUUACUUUAUAGGAAA